GGUGAGCACCGUUUAGCGGGCGGUGUAAUUUAUCGCAAAAAGACCGCCAUUAUUGUAUUGUUCCAAGGCUUAACUUUCUAAAAUUAAAAGAAAAGCUAAUAACUCAAGAAAUAGCAGGUCUAAUCUUGUUGUUUUACAUACUUCGAUUUUCAAGACAACGCAUGUUCCAGAUAUACCUACCAGUCAUAGACAGGCAGAAUGAAAUUUUACUUCCGUACUAUAAUUUCCUUUCUGAGCUUUUAUUACUUGAAUUAAAUACUCCGUAAAUAAAAUUGAGUUUUUAACGGUUAACCCAUAAAAAUCGGUUCUUUUUCCACAGCAAGAUGUCGCCAAGUAAACAUAACCCAAUUUCUUCUUCACCCUCCUCUUCCAUGUCGAUUUCUGGCAUCCAUGGUCAACUCCUCGAAGUAACCGGUAAUUUAUGACUCUUUUUGUUCCUGGAGGAUAUAUACUGGUUUAAAUUUCUGAAAUGGUUAUAAAUUGCAGUUGUUUCUUGCCAAAAGCUGAAGGACACCGAAUGGAUCUCCAGGCAAGAUCCAUAUGUCUGUCUCGAAUAUGGUGCCACCAAAUUCCGGACGCGAACGUGUACAGAUGGAGGGAAGAAUCCAACGUUUCAAGAAAAAUUUGUGUUUUCAUUGAUUGAGGGUUUAAGAGAGCUGAAUGUUGUUGUCUGGAAUAGCAAUACCAUCACUUACGAUGAUUUCAUUGGCAGUGGAAAGGUUGUACUUCAUAAAGUUCUCUGUGAAGGGUAUGAUGAUAUCUCAUGGCCACUCCAAACAAAGACUGGAAGAAAUGCAGGAGAAAUUCGCCUGAUAAUGCACUAUGCAAAUGCUAAGAAGCAGCCCACAUGCCACGCUCCAUCUGCUCCUCCCUAUAUUGCAUCUCCAUUCUCACCCCCACUCCCGCCUCCCAUUGCCUCUUACCCAACGCCCUCUCCUUAUCAUACACAGUCUCCUGCCCCUUAUUCUCCAUACGCCCCACCUCCGGGAGCCUAUCCUCCGACUCCUCAACAAUCUGCUUAUCCACAUCCUUAUGGUGCACCGCCACCUUCGGCAUAUCCUCCCCCAAUGUACCCGCCACCAGCUUAUAAUUCAUUACAUUACCCUCCCCAAGGUACCUACCUAUCCAUAUAUUGCCAUCAGUUUUUGAAGUUUGAUUAUUAGCUUGUGAUUCUCACUGGUUAAUAUUUUGCACCUUUGUUAUAUGUCAUUAUCCCGGUCCUCCUGGAAGCUAUCCUCCCCCACACUACUAAAGACAAAGGUCCUUUUGAAUUCUUGAACCAUGUGAAUGUACAAAUUUUCCUAAUAUGUUUGUUAGUUUGUAUCUGGGUUACAGUGAGUGAUUGGUUACAUUCGUUUAACUUCUCAACUGCUUGGGGUUACAUAUUUAGUAGUGAGUGGUCUGAGAAGUUGUACAUGUGUGUUGUUUGAUGAUGACUUACUGUUUUUACUUCUCAAAUCUCAAGUGCUUUUAACUGUAUCAACUGUAUCGUGAUACGUCAAACACCUUAUGGUUCGAUGACAUUACUGUGACACUCCAAAGGAGAAGAUCACGAAUUUGAAAC